UUAAAAUAUUUUUUCAUCUUCUUGCUGGAGCUUGGGAGUCGAGUUUCUUUCUUUUUUUCCAUUUUCAAAUUGCUAUUCUUUGGGGGGGGGGUCAUCGCAUUGACCUCAGGGUUGUUUGAUUGUUGUUUUCCCUUUUCCAAGUUUUUUUUAAAGUUUUUUUUAAAUAAUAAUAAUAAUAAUAAUAAUAAUAAUAAUAUAGUUACUUACCUCCUUUUUUUUUCCCCUCCCCCGAUGGCGAACCUCUCUCUCUCCUCGUUUUUGCACCGGGCAUGAAAAGAAAAAAGCAGCAGAGGGGAAGCCACGCCACGAAGUGUUAAAAAAAGAGAGAGAGAGAGAGAGAGAGAGAGCGAAAGAAAGAAAUCCAGACAACAAUUUCAAACAACGACUAAGCAAUCUUUCUCCGCAAAGCUGCAGUUUACAAAGCUGCAGAGGAGAGAGAGAAAGAGAGAGAGGGGGGGGAGGGAGAGAGAGGGGGGGAGGGAGAGAGGAGGAGGAGAAGAAGAAGAAGAAGAAGAAGAAGAGCCGGGAGAGCAAAAGAAACCCAGCCAGCCUGAUGCAAAAGGCGACUAACUAGAGCGCGCGUGAGAGGCGGCCGCCUUGCUGCACCCCAGUUGCUCUUUGCCAAGGGAUAAUAAGAGCGAGGUUCGCAGCGGACUGCAAAGGAGAGAGAGCGAGAGAGCGAGAGCGAGAGCGAGCGACGCGGAGAGGGGGGGAGAGAGCGCGAGCGCGAGGCGCGCAGCCACCGCGAGCAGCGAUCGCUUUGCAAACCAUCAAACUGGCUCACCCGCUCGCAAGUCAGAGCAGCCCCCUCGCUCCGGGAGCGCACCCUUUCUGGAGGACUGGCGGCGGCGGCGGCGGCGGCGGCGGCGGCCCCAGCAGCGGCGGCGGCGGCGGCGGCAGCAAAAGGAUGGCAUCGGAGCUGGCCAUGAACGGCCCCGACCUGCCCACCAGUCCCUUGGCCAUGGAAUAUGUUAAUGACUUCGAUCUGAUGAAGUUCGAAGUGAAAAAGGAGCCGGUGGAGACGGACCGCAUCAUCAGCCAGUGCGGCCGCUUGAUCGCCGGCGGCUCGCUCUCGUCCACCCCGAUGAGCACGCCGUGCAGCUCGGUGCCGCCGUCGCCCAGCUUCUCGGCGCCCAGCCCGGGCUCGGGAGGCAGCGACCAGAAGAGCCACUUGGAAGACUACUACUGGAUGACCGGCUACCCGCAGCAGCUCAACCCGGAGGCGCUGGGCUUCAGCCCGGAGGACGCCGUGGAGGCGCUCAUCAACAGCGGCCACCACCAGCUGCAGAGCGCCGCCGCGGCCGGAGGCGGCGGCUUCGAUGGCUACGCGCGGGGGCAGCAGCUGGCCGGCGGCGGCGGCGGCGGCGGCGGCCCGGGGGGAGCCCUGCCGCCCGACGAGAUGGGCUCGGCGGCCGCCGUGGUGUCGGCCGUGAUCGCGGCGGCGGCGGCUCAGCAGCAGCACGGCGGCGCGCCGCACUACCACCACCACCACCACCCGGCCGGCGGACACCACCACCACCACCACCACCACCCGCAGCAGCCCGGCAGCGUGCAGUCGUCGGGGGGCAGCAGCAGCAGCGGCGGGAGCAGCAGCGGCGGCGGCGGCGGCGGGGGCAGCAGCAGCAGCGGCGGCGGCGGGGGCAGCGCUGCCGGCGGCGGGGCUCUCCACCACGCGCACCACGGCGGCGCCUUGCACUUCGACGACCGCUUCUCCGACGAGCAGCUGGUGACCAUGUCGGUGAGGGAACUCAACCGGCAGCUGCGCGGCGUCAGCAAGGAAGAGGUGAUCCGGCUCAAGCAGAAGCGCAGGACCCUCAAAAACCGCGGCUACGCGCAGUCCUGCCGCUUCAAGAGGGUCCAGCAGCGGCACGUCUUGGAAUCCGAGAAGAACCAGCUGCUCCAACAAGUGGAACACCUCAAGCAAGAGAUCUCCAGGCUAGUCCGGGAGAGGGACGCCUACAAGGAAAAAUACGAGAAAUUGGUCAGCAAUGGCUUCCGGGAAAACGGGUCCAGCAGCGACAACCCUUCCUCUCCAGAGUUUUUCAUGUAUCCAAGAGAAUCUUCUACAUCAGUGAUGUGAGAAUUGCAGUUACCUGGAACCUGACAAGAAAACCUGAUGCUGGUUUGCAGACGGCCUACAACACUUUUCUGGCAUGAAGGCAAGCUACAAAGCACAAAAAGAGAAAGAGAGAAAAUCCCCACGGA